AUGAUGUUUGGACGAAUGAUUCGGUCCAGCUUGAGGACCAUGCCUCUUGUGAGUCGACCAACCCUUGCGUUCCGCUACUACUCGUCCCCCUUAGUGGACUUUACGAAAACAAAGGUCCAGAACCAGCAAUUCUCUGACCAUAACAAUAUGCCCUUGUUCGUUGCCAUCACUCGAUCAGCGGCCGAGAAGCUCAACGAGAUCGCGAACGAGGAACAUAACGACAAGCUUGCAUUACGAGUUCAAGUGGAAAGCGGCGGAUGCCACGGAUUUCAGUAUCACCUCAACCUAUCAGACAUGAACGAUUUCCAUCCCGAAGACGAUUCCGUUUUUGUGCGAGACGGGGCCCGAGUUCUGAUUGACAAAACGAGUCUGGAAAUUUUACGGGAUUCGAAAAUCGAUUAUGUGCACGAGCUGAUUGGCUCGCAGUUCAAAGUGGUAGACAGCCCGUACACCAAGACCAGUUGCGGGUGCGGGUCUAGCUUCGAUUUUGACUUUGAUAAGUUGAACCAAACAACAUGA